AUGGCAAGUGAUAGUGCUGAUAAUAUAAACGUCGGCGUCGCACUUAGUACCGCCCUGCUUCUUCUAGGCGACCUAGAGCAAAACGCCCAGUAUAGUGAAUAUGAGAACUAUGCUCUAAUGCUUCAACACUCUGUUCAGCUUAAUGUUCCUGAUGACUCUCCAUUGCGGAAGGCCGACGCCAUUCCCUUGCCAUUUCCUCCAGCCCCAACUCCAGGUGAAGAUGUCGGCGAAUCUGAUGCUGAUGAUGAGACCGAGGAGGAAGAGAACGAGGUUGCUUUCCCCGUCUUGGAGGAUUUGGAAAUUCAGGAAUUGCCUAACAUAAUAGAGAUAUGGGACAAGCAAUUACUCACAGCCUCAGAAGAAGAAUCAAAGUCCUUCUGCCAAUUGAAACAUAUGACGGUUUCUAAUUGUGAGAAAUUGGUCCAUGUGGUCCAGUUCAAUAUGCUCUCACGACUGCAAAAUCUGGAAACAUUCAACGUAGAUCAUUGUCCAAAGAUGGAAGCGAUAGUCUCAGAGAAAGGAAAAGAAGAAGGAACCACUAGUAAUGAUAUCAUCGUGUUCUCUCAAUUAACAACUCUUAAUCUAUCUGAGUUGGUGAGCCUUAAAAGUUUCAACAACUGGCCUACAAGAUCUGAAGUACAACCGUUGUUCAGCCACAAGGUUGCUUUCCCCGUCUUGGAGGAUUUGGAAAUUGAGAAAUUGCCUAACAUAAUAGAGGUAUGGGACGAGCAAUUACUCAUAGCCUCAGAAAAAGAAUCAAAGUCCUUCUGCCAAUUGAAAGAUAUGAAGGUUUCUAAUUGUGAGAAAUUGGUACAUGUGGUCCAAUUAAAUAUGCUCCCACGACUGCAAAAUCUCAAAGAAUUCAAGGUAGAUAAUUGUCCAAGGAUGGAAGCGAUAGUCUCGGAGAAAGAAAAAGAAGAAGGAACCACCAGGAAUGAUAUCAUCGUGUUCUCUCAAUUAACAACUCUUAAUCUUUCUAAGUUGGUGAGCCUUAAAAGUUUCUGCAACGGGCCUACAAGAUCUGAAGCACAACCCUUGUUCAACCACCAGGUUGCUUUCCCCGUCUUGGAGGAUUUGGAAAUUAACGAAUUGCCUAACAUAAUAGAUAUAUGGGACAAGCAAUUACUCAUAGCCUCAGAAGAAGAAUCAAAGUCCUUUUGCCAACUGAAAGAUAUGACAGUUUCUAAUUGUGAGAAAUUGGUACAUGUGGUCCAGUUCAAUAUGCUCUCACGACUGCAAAAUUUGGAAAAAUUCUAUGUGUAUCAUUGCCCAAAGAUGGAAGCGAUAGUCUCAGAGAAAGGAAAAGAAGAAGGAACCACCAGUAAUGAUAUCAUCGUGUUCUCUCAAUUAACAACUCUUAAUCUUUCAGAGUUGGUGAGCCUUAAAAGUUUCUACAACUGGCCUACAAGAUCUAAAGCACAGCCCUUGUUCAACCACCAGGUUGCUUUCCCCGUCUUGGAGGAUUUGGAAAUUCAGGAAUUGCCUAACAUAAUAGAGAUAUGGGACAAGCAAUUACUCAUAGCCUCAGAAGAAGAAUCAAAGUCCUUCUGCCAAUUGAAACAUAUGACGGUUUCUAAUUUUGAGAAAUUGGUACAUGUGGUCCAGCUCAAUAUGCUCUCACGACUGCAAAAUCUGGAAACAUUCAACGUAGAUCAUUGUCCAAAGAUGGAAGCGAUAGUCUCGGAGAAAGGAAAAGAAGAAGGAACCACCAGUAAUGAUAUCAUUGUGUUCUCUCAAUUAACAACUCUUAAUCUAUCUGAGUUGGUGAGCCUUAAAAGUUUCUACAACUGGCCUACAAGAUGUGAAGUACAACCGUUGUUCAACCACAAGGUUGCUUUCCCCGUCUUGGAGGAUUUGGAAAUUCAGGAAUUGCCUAACAUAAUAGAGAUAUGGGACAAGCAAUUACUCAUAGCCUCAGAAGAAGAAUCAAAGUCCUUCUGCCAACUGAAAGAUAUGACGGUUUCUAAUUGUGAGAAAUUGGUACAUGUGGUCCAGUUCAAUAUGCUCUCACGACCGCAAAAUCUAGAAACAUUCAAUGUAGAUCAUUGUCCAAAGAUGGAAGCGAUAGUCUCGGAGAAUGGAAAAGAAGGGGGAACCACCAGUGAUGAUGUCAUUGUGUUCUCUCAAUUAACAAGUCUUAAUCUAUCUGAGUUGGUGAGCCUUAAAAGUUUCUACAACUGGCCUACAAGAUCUGAAGCACAACCCUUGUUCAACCACCAGGUUGCUUUCCCCGUCUUGAAGGAUUUGGGAAUUCACGAAUUGCCUAACAUAAUAGAUAUAUGGGACAAACAAUUACUCAUAGCCUCAGAAGAAGAAUCAAAGUCCUUCUGCCAACUGAAAGUUAUGAGUGUUUCUAAUUGUGAGAAAUUGGUACAUGUGGUCCAGUUCAAUAUGCUCUCACGACUGCAAAAUCUAGAAACAUUCCAUGUAUAUCAUUGCCGAAAGAUGGAAGCGAUAGUCUCGGAGAAAGGAAAAGAAGAAGGAACCACCAGUAAUGAUAUCAUCGUGUUCUCUCAAUUAACAACUCUUAAUCUAUCUGAGUUGGUGAGCCUUAAAAGUUUCUACAACUGGCCUACAAGAUCUGAAGCACAACCCUUGUUCAACCACCAGGUUUCUUUUCCAAAGUUGGAGGCACUAUUUCUCGAUAAUUGUGUAAACUCAAGAGAGAUACAUCCUUGGAAUGUUCAAGCUGGAAAAAUAAGUUUAAAAUUCCUAGAUGUAGCGAAUCUGGACAAAUUAAUUGUGAGAAAUUGUAGUGAGGUGGCAGAGGUUUUUCAACUUGAGGGGCUAAAUGUUGGAGAAGGACAACAUGUUAGGCCAUUAAUUGAAGUCAGAAUGAUGGAAUUGGAUGGAUUACCUCAGUUGACAUGUUUGUGGAACAAGGAUCCCCAUGGAAUUCUGAGCCUUCAAAUCCUACAAUACCUAAUAAUUAAGAAAUGUUCCCUCUUGAGAAAUCUAUUCACAUAUUCCACCGCCAUGGCUCUUCAACAACUUAAAGUACUUUAUUUGGAGUCUUGUCCGGUGAUGGAAGAAGUUAUUGCAGCAACAGAGGAUGGGCUCAAGGAAGUGAUUGAUGAUGUGAUUGAAUUCCCAAAGUUGGAGUGGCUAAUACUGAAAGAUCUACCAAACCUCAACAGUUUCUGUAAUGCAAAAUAUAAUUUUAAUUUUCCAUCAUUACAGAGAGUUGUUCUGAAGAGGUGUUCAAAUAUGCACAACUUUACUUUUGGACAAGUACGCAUGUCACAGAUAUUUGUAAGUACACAUGGCAAUGAUGGCCUUCAAACAGAAGAUCUCAAUAAGUAUUUAAAGGAACAACUUCUUUUGAAAGGAGAGGAAUGCGCAACCGUUGAUGAAAAUGAUCACUACGGCGAUGAAGAACGGUUCUCCAACCUUAUACGAUUAAAUUAUAUAUGAUCGAGUUCAAGUUGCUGAGAUUGGAGUAUGCUGGAUUACCCUCCUACAGUCAAUGGCAAACUUAUUGUUUCUUCCAAUAAGUUAAAAAGCAAAAAAAUAAAAAUAAAUUGCAAAACUAUUCAGCUACCUAUAGCUGUAUAAGAAAUGAUACAUAUAUAUAUAUGUGUGUGUGUGUGUGUGUGUGUGUGUGUGUGUGAAUAUGUGCGGUAGUAAUGUCAUAUUACUAUAUCUUGCUGAUGAGAUAGAAUUUGUAUGAUUUCGGAGGCUAGGUGUGCUAAUUAUGUGGGAUACACACUUGCAGGGUAUUUUAUUUAUUUA